AGAGCCAAUGAGUCUGCAUGUCCAAAGAGGCGGGCUCAUGUGUAAUUCAGCAUCAGGGGAGGAAUUGCUUAUGUAACUGGGACAGCAGAUUUAACAGAAGGAGAGAAGGCAGAGGCUGGGGAUGGGAGCAAUGAGCUGUCGACAGGGGCAACAGACCCAGGUGGCUGUUCCUCACAAGCAGAGUGGCAACAUCCAGGGUCCCUGGGCCCGAGGCUGGAAGAACCUCUGGUCUGGUGUGGGAAUCAUCAGGUCAGAUCUGGAAGAAUUAUGUGAACCACUGAGGCAUCAAUGCCUGCCCCUGAAGCCCCUACAGCCAGCCCCAUUACUAAUAGAGAAGCCUCUCUCUGAGUGGCCAGUGCCUCAGUUCAUCAACCUCUUUCUGCCGGAAUUUCCCAUGAGGCCCAUUAGAGGGCAGCAGCAGCUGAAGAUUUUGGGUCUUGUGGCUAAAGGCUCUUUUGGAAUUGUCCUGAAAGUGCUAGAUUCUUCCCAGAAAGCUGUAUUUGCUGUGAAGGUGGUACCCAAGAUAAAAGUCCUACAGAGGAAUACACUGAGGCAGUGCAAAGAGGAGGUUAGCAUCCAGCGGCAGAUCAACCAUCCUUUUGUCCACAGCUUGGGGGACAGCUGGCAGGGGAAGCGGCAUCUCUUCAUUAUGUGUAGGUACUGCAGCACAGAUCUGUACUCCCUGUGGUCUGCUGUUGGCUGCUUUCCUGAGGCCUCUGUCCGUCUCUUUGCAGCUGAACUGGUCCUAGUGUUGUGCUAUCUCCAUGACUUGGGCAUUAUCCAUCGAGAUGUGAAGAUGGAGAAUAUUCUUCUGGAUGAACGAGGCCAUCUGAAACUAACAGACUUUGGUCUGUCCCGCCACCUGUCCCAGGGAACCCGAGCCUAUACUAUUUGUGGCACUCUUCAGUACAUGGCCCCAGAGGUGCUGAGUGGUGGGCCUUACAACCAUGCUGCUGAUUGGUGGUCCUUGGGUAUCUUACUUUUCUCUCUGGCAACUGGGAAGUUCCCAGUGGCAGCAGAGAGAGAUCAUGUGGCCAUGUUGGCACGUGUGACCCACUCUGACUCUGAGAUUCCAGCUUCUCUUAACCAGGAGCUCUCACUCCUGCUCCAUGAGCUCUUAUGCCAGAACCCCCUCCACCGACUGCGCUAUCUACACCACUUCCAGGUCCACCCUUUCUUUAGGGGUGUGGCCUUUGACCCAGAGCUCCUACAGAAGCAGCCAGUGAACUUUGUCGUGGAGUCACAAGUUACUCAGCCCAGUCCAUUGGAGUUGAUGCCCUUCCAGGACUUUGACUGUGAUCUGGAAUCCUUCCUGGUCCACUCCAUUUCCUCUCUACUGUAGAUUGGGGCCUAGCUGGAAACCUGAGACUCUUCACUGUCAAUUCAGUAUGAUCAUCUUGAUGAUCCAGUUUUCAUUCUGUAGCUUCUUAUUGUUUAUCUUAGCAUCCUACCAUUGGCAGUCACAACUGAUCCUAGUCCUUUCCCCUUUUCAAUUCAUCUCUGACCAGCAUGGUGACUUUGCUUCACUUCUCUAGUACUCUUACCCUUAAAUUGACAACCAAAGGCUUCUUUUGCCUUUUCCUCUCCUUGUUUCUCUGCCAGGUU